GUGCGACCGCGGCCUGCGCCCCCGAGGACCCGCCCGCCGCCCCGCGCCUUAGCGGCCGCCGGAGCAUGCUGCCCCCCGCCAUGAAGGGCCUCGGCCUGGUGCUGCUGGCCGCCCUGCUGUGCUCCUCGCCCACUCACGGCCUGUGGUGCCAGGACUGCACCCUGACCACCAACUCCAGCCGCUGCACCCCAAAGCAGUGCCAGCCCUCGGACACCGUGUGCGCCAGCGUCCGCAUCACCGACCCCAGCAGCAGCCGGAAGGACCAGACGGUGAACAGGAUGUGUGCCGCCUCCUGCGACUUCGUCAAGCGGCACUUCUUCUCCGACUACCUGAUGGGCUUCAUCAACUCGGGCAUCCUGAAGGUGGACGUGGACUGCUGCGAGAAGGACCUGUGCAACGGCGUGCCCGGGCCGGGCGGCAGCCCCUGGGCCCUGGCCGGGGGGCUCCUGCUCAGCCUGGGGCCCGCCCUCCUCGGGGCUGGGCCCUGAGUCCCCCCCACCCCCCCAAGGGCUUCUAAGCUUGUCCCUGGGCCUGGCUGCCCUCCUCGGCCUGGCUGCC